UUUUUUUAAAGCUUAUUGUUUUGUGUUUUGAAGCCUGUCAUUUUAUGUAUGUCCAGUGUUGUGUGUUUGUAAAACCUUCACCCUGCCUUCUCGCCCAGGACCACCUUAUAAAUCCCCUUCACAUCUCUGUGAGAUCACACUGCUUUAAACAAGGGUAAAUGCAUGAACAUGGUACUGUUAAAAACAGAACAAAAUAUUAGUUUCACCCGACGUUGCAUUGACACCACGUCACCGGGGGUUUAUGGGACAUUUGGAGUUUGUGUUCUGUUGUUUUCUAUUCUAGUUAAUUAUUUUUGGAUCUACCAACAUCUGAAGCGCCUUCUGCUCUUUGUACCGACACACCACAAACACUCACUCGUCACACACCAUCACAAUGAACUAUUUCUAACCUUCCGCCCGCUUCGUCAGCUUUAACUUACGCAACGCGCAGCGCCGCCGCCGCGGUCGCGUCCGCGCACACUAGAGGGCGCGAUUGGACCCCGCGACACCCUGGCGGGUGCGUUAUGUCAGGGGAGGAAUGUUGGUACAAUGGGGGUCUGUGCAUUGUAGUUCCGCUAUCGCCUCGGUGCGCAACACGGACAGACGGUUGUCAAUGGGCUGCUGGAGAGACGGAUCCCGGUCGGUGCGUGCCACGGCUCCCCCGCGUUUCCGCUGCGCGGUUCCUGACUUGUAAUUUACCACCAGAUCCUUUUCACCCGGGUGGAAAGGCAAAGAGACGGAGAGAGAGAGAGAGCGCGAGAGCGAGCACUGAAAUCCAAACAAAAAUGCCGUGAGUCUUGGAAGUUUCGUGAAUGUGGCGCGUUGGUCGAUUCUCCCGUUCUGGGGAACUAAGCGCUGACUUUUAAUUUUUUUUAAUUUUUUAUUUAUUUUACAGUUCGCAGUCUCUAUCCUUUCCCCCCCCUCUCUCUCUUUCAAAGGACUAUUUCCCAAAGGGUGCCACAUUUGAGUGAAAGUAGGAUGGCGUUCCCACCGAUGGAACCGAAGUUGUGCGUGCCGUGGUUUUGAAUCGUCCAGACGCGCAUUACGUACUGAAUAGAAUUCAUCUGCGAGCAGCGGUCGCGUCGUUGAGCUCCAGCGGAUCUCCUCCAGCUGUGAAUCCACGAGCUUUUUACGUGUUUGUAAAUCAUUUCCGUUUUAAUUACAAGCCGACACCGCAGCGCGCUGCUACCCACCCCGAGGAAGCGAUCACUUAUACGAACCUGCAACAUUGGGACUUUUGGACGCCUCCGAGGAGCCAUUGUGUGAGUUUGCACCGACCGUAUCUCACUUUCCGAGCCAGCAUCACUGUAACCUUCCUGUCAGUCUGGCAUUAGAGCGAACACCAGCGGCUCCACCGUAAUUCUCUCAAGUGAGCCGACGGCGCUGGCAGUGUGGUGUUCUUCCUUCCACAUGGGAUCGUAGCCGCGUGCACGCGUCUUGUGUCCUUCCAUGCCCGCGCCGUGGUCCAUUAGAAGCUCUACCAACUAGUCGGGGUUCCCGCGGGCAUGGGAGAAGCGACCCCUGCUCAGUCCGCUGCAGGGGCGUUCGCACCCAUGUUGGGUGUCGGUCUAGGAACCAUGCCCGCUGGGGUCGGCAACGGGCCCGUGGGGGCCACGUCCAGAGGCUCCGCGGUGCCGCAGCUGCACAGCGCCAUAGUGGAGCGUCUGCGCGCCCGCAUCGAGCUGUGCAGGCGGCACCACUCCACCUGCGAGAACCGCUACCAGAGGGGUCAGGCCGAGAGCUCGGACCGGGAGCACGACAGCACGCUUCACCUGCUCAACAUAGUCCACCAGGGGCCCGGGAACCGGAAGACGAAGGGCGGCCGGGGAUCGAACCAGCAACCUCCAGAGUACAGCAGGGCCAACGGAGAGCCAAAGGGCGCCGAGGGCGAGCAGAAGAUAUCCACGCGCAUAGCGCUUCAAGGGUCUCUGCGAAGGAAGAUUGAGGCGCACGCACCGAAGCAGAACGGGCUCUCCUGUGGUUUUUCCGGAUCGGAGUUUAAGCGGGCACGUGUGGAUGCCGGUGCUCUGGGACAUGGGGCUUGCAACCACAACUUAGCCCAGUCUCAUUCUCUGCAGGGCUCCUCAUCCAUGGGCAUGCAGAGGAAGAAUUACAUGAUGCCCCACGGUGUGGGCUCAGACAUAUUCAACAUGACCCUGAAAGAAAUGAAAAAAGAGCCCAUUGAGGUGCAGUCUUGUGGCCAGUCAAAUGCAGAGAUGAUUUUUGACUUCAAGGACGAAGGCGGCGGUCAGAUCGACCCGGACCUCCAGGAUCUCUUUGAUGAGCUGACAAAGACCGUGCCCACCCUGAAUGACCUGGAGUUCGAGAAGAUGCUAAAGCAGGAUGAUGCAUUCGGUCUGGAUCUAGGUCGGCCAAGCUCAGCGGGAGCAGCUGCGAGUCUCUGUUCCCCCAUGGAUAAGCCGAUAAAGAUGGAGCACUCGCCAGAUUUUGGCCACGUUCAUGGCGGCUCGCCACAGCUUCGACCGGCCUCGGCGGGACCUUCUUUCACGCUGACCAGCACCUCUUCUACCACCACGUCGCAGAAAGCCGCCUCGCAGGCAGGCCACCCCAGGGCCCUGCCCUGCUGGCCAGAAAUAUCCCACGCGGAGCAGCUGAAGCAGAUGGCGGCAAACCAGCAGCAGCCGAGCUCUCUGCUUCAUCACCACCACCUCCACCACCACCAGACACCACCUGCAGGAUUGACCAACUGGGCUCCCGCCAUGAGCACCCACUCCUCAAACAGCGCCUUCCCCCAGGACAAGGCUUCCACCCCGGCAGCGCUUGGCCAGCAAAGGAUCGCCUCUCAAGGUAAAGGGAUCAACAAUUGCCUCUUCAAGUCAAAUGGCCCCCAUCACUUGGACAUGAAGGGUCUCAGCACCAAGCCCACGCUGCACUUCAGCCCCAAAGCACCCCACCCUGCCAGCCAGCCGAUGCCUGUCAUGGCGAGCUCGGUGAAGACGUCACCCCAGCAGCAGCAGCAGCAGCAGCAGUCGCCGUCGAGCGGCCAGAAUCAGCCACAUCCAGCUCUCCACUUCCAGAACCAACAGAUGUCCACAUCGGGGGCUCUUUGCCUGCAACCCAAGCCGGGUCCCGCCGGGCUGCCGUUCAAACUGUCCCAGCAGCGUCAGGGCGUUGCUCCUGGUCCGAGGCUUCCAACCAAUGGAAACUUAGGCAUGUCAACCCAGUCGCAGCCACGGGUCCCAGUUCCCAACAACCAGCAAAAGGGCGCGGUCAAAAGCCAGGCCAUGCAGAGACCGCUCAAUCAACAGCAGCACAGCAUUAGCAAUUCAGACAAAGACAAUGUACACGAUCAGUUCAAUCGUCAUCUCACAAGACCGCCGCCUGAUUACAAGCAGUCCAGAGGGAUGGUGGGAGCUCAGCAGGGAAACAUCUUCACAGGUCAAAAUCCCUCCCAGUCCUCCAGCAAUGGCACCGAGAAUGACAUCCAGUCCAUGUCCUGUCACCUUCCGAGUGGGUCUGGUUCAAAGAUUACUCCGUCGGACCGCAGAUACGGUAUCGGCACUGAAUGCCGUCCGAGUUCUUGUAUCGGCCAAGUCCAGCAGCAUAACAAUCAGAAUCGGAUUGGGCUAAAUCAAAACAAGGCGAGAUUCCUGGGUCCAAACACGCAUGCAAAUUCUUUUGGGAUGAACAACGUAGCAGGUGUACAACACCCAAGAACAACAGCUGACCUGCAUUCCUCGGGGUUGCCAGGCCACGGUCUGGGAGGCCUGAUGAAAAAUGUCAACAUGGGCUGGGGCUCGGCCAACAAGCAAGUGACAACUGGACUGGGCAUUAGGCGGCUACCCAAUCCCCUUCAGUCUCCGGGUGCGCAGCUGGACAUGUCAAACCUCCCGUACCAACAGCGGUUCGUGGGCCCUCCCAACCAGGUAGCGCCAGACAUUGGGAUGCUCCCGCUUAACCCCUUGAUAAGGGACACCGGCCCAAGACUUAGUCAGCCAAUGAUGGGAUCCCCAUCAGCAGUGGGGAACCUGAACCAGGCCUCUCCUGAACAGAGGGUACCAGCAGGCCACUUUGCGGAGCCCAGUCCGAGCUCCAGCAGCUACCAGAAUAACCGAGCCAACAGACUGACCUUUGACUUUCUCCCGGAGGGCGAUAACACCGUUCCAGGGAUCAACACGGACUCCGACUUCAUAGACUCUCUGCUCAAGUCGGGCUCUGGGAACGAUGAUUGGAUGAAAGAUAUCAAUUUGGAUGAGAUUCUGGGCAGUCACUCUUGAAUUUGCGUCACAGAUUGCUAAAGAUUAACCCGCUGCUCCAAGUCAUUGAUGAAAGGUGGAACGAGAAACAUUUGUAAAUGAUGUUAAAAUGGAAUUUUAUAAACUGAUAUUAUUUGUUAUCCAUUUAUAGUGUAUUGUUUUGUAUUGUAUUUACUGUGAAAUGAAUGUGUGUCCCUUCUGUAGUACUCUGCAUAUUCUAUUCACAGUAUAUUGGCCAAGAAACGUCCUUUCUUUGCAGUCUGUUUUGUGGUCUGUUCAUCAUACUCAUGCUGUACUACUGUAUAGGAUAAAAUACCAAAUUCACACUGUGAAAAGAAAACAUUGCUGUGUUGCUUUUCAAGGUCAUGUCGAUAAUCCGAGUUUCGUUUUUAAUCUGCAUCCACUAUAUAGCAUGAUAUGGUAUUUACCUUCAGAAGUUUUGCUACCAUAAACACAGAAUCUUUCCACAACAAAUGUUUUUUUUUUUUUUUUUUGUGCUUAUUUUUCAAGCUUUUUCCUCUGUGGUGGUUUUUGGUUCCAACUCAAGUAAUGUAACCAUUAUUUUUUAUGUGAUAUUUAAUAAUUAUUGGGAUAGUAAUGUGACAUUAUGAUCAUGAAAAUACAUGUAAUAAAAUUAAUUUCAAUAAAUCAAUACAUCAAAAGUGCUCUUCUGGGGACAUAUUUAAACAAUGUAAAGUGUAGGUGCAUUUUCUGCAUUCUUUUUUUUAUUUAAACACUGCAUACUUUGACUAUAUGUUGUAAUGCGCAAAAAAUAUCUUUAAUCUAUUUACUAGUCAUGUAUUUUAGACCACAUGAGUAAAAACAAUGCUGGCUAAAAUCACCACAAGAAUCUAAUUGUACAAAUAUAUAUGUAUCUACAUUUUAACUACUGUGCAGAAAAGGCGCUUUCAGUUUUUGUAGUUUUAGUUUUUUUCUGUAAGAUGACACCAUCUUUUAUUAAUUAUUAAGAUUGACACCAGGUGAGGGGAACCUCAGGUCGUCUUCAAAAACUCUAAACAUGUUUUCUGCUUGGCACACGAUUUGUAAUAUAACAUGGCACUUCUUUUUCAUCACGCUGAACGUAGUUCUCUACCCUAAUAUUUCAAAAAUGCCAACAUCUUCCCGCUGGCCGAGCACCUUAUUGCUUGUCAAUCCGGGUGUCGAACCUUUAAAAAGAUACCAUAACAUAACAACGAUGGAAACCUAUGAAUUGAAUUGAAUAACUUUAUUAAUUUUGAGCAAAGAAAUUAAUUUGCCACCAUAAAAAUGUCAUACAGACAAUAGAAAGUCCACAAUCGACACAAACCCAUCAUAAAGAAUAACACCAGAAAAAGGCAUAUGCAACUAGAUUAAACAACAUCAAUCUAAAAACCACAUCUAAAGGUGUUCAAUAAAAGUAUAUAACUGCACAGCGGCAGGAAGCCUGCUUUCACUACUUUGUGCUUUUUUUGCUGUGUUUAUAUUGUUGCAUUUCACUUUGGCAAUAUCUGUGAAAUUUCAAUCCCAGACUCUAACAUUAGAAAAGUAUUGACUAAAAAUGUUUCAAAUCGAGUAUGGCAGUAUAAAGUAAGUUUUUAAGAAGA